AAACCUCACAAAACCUCUUUCGUUCGUUCCCGUCACCUCCAGAACCAACCAGUACAACCAUGGUCGACGGCGAAGUCGAAAUCCUUCGCGGCUACGAGCUCCGUCUCCUCCGUUGCACCGUAUCUUUACCACAGUCAGAUCUUCCUCUCGAAUCCCAACCCGGAACCCAUCCACACGAGACUCUUAUAAGCUCCCUUCUGUCUUCAAUCGAGGCUGGAGACUAUCUUGGAGCUUUAGCCUCCGACGCUACUAAGCUAAUACUCGGAGAUUCUGAGUUCGAACUGGUUGAUACGGUUGAUUCCGCCGAGAGAUUUUACUCUGAGCUUCUCGAUAAGGUUGAAUCGUUCGUGGUGAACGAUUCUUCUGAUGAAAUCGAUAAAGCUCGCCGUGCUGUUCUGGUGAUGUGCUUAGCAAUCGCAUCUGCGUUUUGGUUUACUUGUUGCAAUUUGACUGGGUCGACGGAAGGAUCAGCAAAAUGUUCAGUACCGUUUAGAGUAUCAGAAAGUAAGGAUUUGGUUGAAUGGGAGAAUUGGGCUAAGAUUCAGCUCAUGUCUGUUGGUUCUGACUUGCUCGGGAAGUUCUCUAAUCUCCAGCAUUUAGUUUUUGCUAGAUUGCUGCUGUUAAAGUUGAAAGAUUUGUUGUUUGCGACAACUGCAACUGAAACUUUUGAAGUUAGGAGUAUUUCAUGGUGGCUUGUCAGAGUUUUACUUAUUCAUCAAAGAGUUCUACACGAGCAAUCUUCAUCUUUGUUUGAGAUGUUGCAAGUUUACAUGGCCGAAGCUCUAGACCAUUUUGGUGCACUCGAAAAAGUUAAAAGCUAUUGGACUACCAAGUUGCUAGAAGAUGAAGCUUCAUCCAUCACGUCAACCAUCCAUCUGGAAGCAUGUGUACUGCAAUAUAUAUAUGGAAGAAUUGAUCCUUCUCGGUUGCAGCUUGAAGCUGCUAAAUCAGCAGCAGGGAUCGAGUUUUCUGUUUCUGGGGCUCUUGGUUUCCGUACUAUUCACCAAGUAGAUCCAAAGGCACAGAUGGUAUUGAUAGCCAAUACUAGCUCAUCAAAUGGAGACGUGAGGUUGGCCUCCGAGAAAGCUGAUGUUGGACCUUAUGAAGCUUGGGGAGGUGAUGCACCUGAAGUAUAUAUGACUCCCAAACUAGUGAACAACGAGAGUGAAGCUGGAAAAGAGUCUGUGCCCUUAAAACCAGUUGAACAGGCAUUGAUUUUGGCUCAGUGCCUUCUAAUUGAAAGGGGUAGUCGGCACGAUGAGAUGCAAAGAUGGGAUAUGGCUCCAUAUAUUGAGGCAAUUGAUUCUCAAAAGUCAACAUAUUUUGUUCUACGGUGUUUCUGUGACUUAUUACGUGUUCGAUGGGAAUCAACUCGAGGUCGUACAAAGGGACGCGCCCUGGAAAUGAUGGAUAAAUUGGUUGGAGCUAUUAACAAGACCGAUCCUGGAGUAUCAAAUCGGGUCCCUUUAUGCUAUGCAGUCCAUCUUCCUACUAUUCCUGCGUUGAGAAAGGAAUACGGUGAGCUUCUGGUGAGUUGCGGUUUGGUUGGGGAAGCAAUCACAAUAUUUGAGAGCCUGGAAUUGUGGGAUAAUCUAAUACACUGCUACUGCCUCCUGGGAAAGAAAUCAGCAGCUGUAGAUCUCAUCAAUGCACGGCUUCUGGAACGGCCAAAUGACCCAAGAUUAUGGUGUUCACUGGGUGAUGUUACGAUUAAUGAUUCCUGUUAUGAAAAAGCCCUGGAAGUUUCAAAUGAUAAGUCAGUUCGUGCUAAGCGGGGUCUUGCUCGCAGCGCAUACAAUCGGGGUGAUUUUGAGAAGUCGAAGAUGCUGUGGGAGGCUGCAAUGGCCUUAAAUUCUCUGUACCCUGAUGGUUGGUUUGCUCUUGGUGCUGCUGCGUUGAAGGCCAGGGAUGUUCAGAAAGCACUGGAUGCAUUCACUUUUGCUGUUCAACUUGAUCCCGACAAUGGAGAGGCUUGGAACAACAUUGCUUGUCUGCAUAUGAUAAAGAAAAGGAGCAAAGAAUCAUUCAUCGCGUUCAAAGAGGCGCUUAAAUUCAAGCGAGAUAGCUGGCAGAUGUGGGAGAAUUUCAGUCAUGUAGCUAUGGAUGUGGGAAAUAUUGAUCAGGCCUUUGAAGCUAUACAACAGAUACUGAAAAUGAGCAAUAACAAGAGGAUUGAUGUUGUUUUAUUGGACCGUAUAAUGACAGAGUUAGAAAAUAGGAAUUCAGCAUGUAAGUCAUCACCAUCUUCAUGUAUUGAAAUCGAAGGUUCUUCAUAUGAAUCGACGGAAACACAACCGUGUGCUGCAACACCAGCUGAAACUCAACGCCACCUAGAGUUACUUGGGAAAAUUAUUCAGCAGAUUUGCAAAACAGAAAGUACAUCUCAAAUCUGGGGAUUAUAUGCAAGAUGGAGUAGAAUCAAAGGAGAUCUUAUGGUAUGCAGCGAGGCACUGUUAAAACAAGUGCGAUCAUAUCAGGGAUCAGAAGUGUGGAAAGACAAAGAGCGUUUCAAGAAGUUUGCAAGAGCAUCAUUGGAACUUUGUAGAGUGUACAUGGAGAUCUCAGCUUCCACAGGAAGCAAACGAGAACUGUUUAGUGCGGAGAUGCAUUUGAAGAACACAAUCAAACAAGCUACAGAGAGCUUCUCGGACACUGAAGAAUUAAAGGAACUUGAAAGUUGCCUUGAGGAGGUGAGAAAUGUAAUGCAGAAGAAGAGUGAAGAAGAGACUAGAAAUACAAAAACAUGAAAGAAGAAAAGACUUGUCACCGUCAGCAAAGAUUAGCAUCAUUUUUGUUGUUUGGGUUAAAAAGACAUAUUGUUGAGAUCAUCAUAACUUAAUGCUUCGUUUUUUUUUGCGGUUAUACGAGUUUUGAGUUUACGUCUCUGCUUCUGCAAACUUAGUAAGACGAUUGAAUAUCAAAUAUAUAGUUUACCUUUGCACUA